AUGGCCGCGCAAAAACCGGCCCCCCCGGUAGGUGCCCACCUGCCCCAGGCUCAUCUCCUCAGACAGACUGUGGACUUGGCCUCCACCAUCCAGCAUCAGGACGCUUUGGACGUGGACCGGAUGGUUCUUUACAAAAUGAAGAAAUCCGUGAAAGCAAUAAAUAUCUCUGGGCUGGCUCACGUGGAAAAUGAAGAGCAGUACACCCAGGCUCUGGAGAAGUUCGGUGGCAACUGUGUGUGCAGAGACGACCCGGACUUAGGAAGUGCAUUCCUGAAGUUCUCAGUGUUCACAAAGGAGUUGACGGCACUUUUCAAAAACCUGAUUCAGAAUAUGAACAACAUCAUCUCCUUCCCUCUGGACAGUCUGCUGAAGGGGGACCUGAAAGGCGUGAAAGGGGAUCUGAAAAAGCCUUUUGAUAAAGCUUGGAAGGACUAUGAAACAAAAAUCACCAAAAUUGAAAAGGAGAAGAAGGAGCAUGCCAAGCUGCAUGGGAUGAUUCGCACCGAGAUCAGUGGGGCUGAAAUCGCCGAAGAGAUGGAGAAGGAGAGGCGGCUUUUCCAGCUCCAGAUGUGCGAGUAUCUGCUGAAGGUCAAUGAAAUUAAGAUUAAAAAGGGAGUGGAUUUACUUCAGAAUCUGAUCAAAUACUUUCAUGCCCAAUGCAAUUUUUUCCAGGAUGGACUGAAAGCAGUUGAGAGCCUCAAGCCUUCCAUUGAGACACUUUCAACAGACCUUCACACAAUCAAGCAGGCCCAGGAUGAAGAAAGAAGGCAGUUGAUACAGCUUCGCGAUAUUUUGAAAUCAGCCUUGCAGGUUGAACAGAAAGAGUCUAGGAGAGAGUCACAAAUUCGCCAGAGUACAGCCUAUAGUUUACAUCAGCCUCAGGGAAACAAAGAGCACGGGACCGAGCGGAACGGCAGCCUGUACAAGAAGAGCGAUGGGAUCCGAAAAGUGUGGCAGAAAAGGAAGUGUUCGGUUAAAAACGGUUUUCUGACCAUAUCCCACGGCACCGCUAACCGGCCUCCCGCGAAGCUCAACCUGUUAACCUGUCAAGUGAAGACCAACCCCGAGGAGAAAAAGUGUUUUGACCUUAUUUCACAUCCUACCUGGCUCUCCACCAAUCUGGGCAUCCUGACCUGUAUUGAGUGUUCCGGAAUCCACCGAGAGCUCGGGGUUCACUAUUCCAGGAUGCAGUCCCUGACGUUAGAUGUAUUGGGAACGUCUGAGCUUCUGCUUGCCAAGAAUAUUGGGAAUGCAGGCUUCAAUGAGAUCAUGGAGUGUUGCCUUCCGGCUGAGGACUCGGUCAAACCCAACCCGGGCAGCGACAUGAAUGCCAGGAAGGACUACAUUACUGCCAAGUACAUUGAGAGGAAAUACGCAAGGAAAAAGCAUGUGGAUAAUGCAGCCAAACUCCACAGCCUUUGUGAGGCCGUCAAAACCAGAGAUAUUUUUGGAUUACUCCAAGCGUAUGCUGAUGGUGUGGAUCUUACAGAAAAAAUCCCACUGGCCAACGGACACGAGCCAGAUGAAACUGCCCUGCAUCUUGCAGUCAGAUCGGUGGACCGGACUUCUCUCCACAUCGUAGACUUUUUAGUCCAGAACAGUGGGAACCUGGAUAAGCAGACGGGGAAGGGCAGCACCGCCCUGCACUAUUGCUGCCUGACGGACAACGCCGAGUGCCUGAAGCUGCUCCUGCGGGGGAAGGCCUCCAUCGAGACGGCUAACGAGUCAGGGGAGACGCCACUGGACAUCGCCAGACGCCUCCGGCACGAGCACUGUGAGGAGCUGCUGACCCAGGCCUUGUCUGGGAGGUUCAAUUCCCACGUCCACGUCGAGUACGAGUGGCGGCUGCUCCAUGAAGACCUGGAUGAGAGCGAUGACGAUGUGGACGAGAAACUGCAGCCCAGUCCCAGUCGGCGAGAAGACCGGCCCGUCAGCUUCUACCAGCUGGGGUCCAACCAGCUGCAGUCGAAUGCCGCGUCUUUGGCCAGAGAUGCCGCCAGCCUGGCCAAGGACAAGCAGAGGGGCUUUGUGCCCAGCAUCUUGCAGAACGAGACGUACGGAGCCAUCCUCAGUGGCAGCCCGCCGCCCUCCCAGCCUGCGGCCCCCAGCACGGCCAGCGCCCCCCCACUGCCCCCGCGGAACGUUGCCAAAGUUCAGCCAGCCUCCUCCGCUAACGCCCUGUGGAAGACAAACUCUGUAAGUGUGGACGGUGUAGGCAGGCAGCGAUCUUCGUCAGAUCCGCCAGCUGUCCAUCCACCGCUGCCCCCUCUUCGCGUGACAUCUACCAAUCCCCUGGCUCCCACGCCGCCCCCUCCGGUAGCAAAAACGCCCAGUGUGAUCGAAGCCUUGGGCCAGCCGAGCAAGUCUGCCCAGCCUGGGAUCCCGCUGAGCAAAGCCCCGCCCCCGCCCCUGCCACCCCAGCCGCCCAGCCGCCUCCCGCAGAAGAGGCCUGCUCCCGGGGCUGACAAGUCGAUCCCACUGAGCAACAAAGGCCAGCCGAGAGGACCUGCAGUGGAUCUCUCUGGAACAGAAGCUCUGGGUCCUCUGUCCAACAGCGCAGUCCUCCAACCCCCAGCCCCCAUGCCCAGGAAGUCACAGACCACCAAGUUAAAGCCCAAGCGGGUCAAAGCUCUCUAUAACUGUGUGGCCGACAACCCAGACGAGCUGACGUUCUCUGAGGGGGAUGUGAUCAUCGUGGAUGGGGAGGAGGACCAAGAGUGGUGGAUUGGCCACAUUGACGGAGAUCCCAGUCGCAAAGGAGCAUUUCCGGUAUCAUUUGUGCACUUUAUUGCUGACUGA